AUGGCCAACAUGAGCGUUUGGAAGACAUGGACAAUUGACGUCAUAGACAGUUUAGAGGCCGCACCUGCAGUUCUUGAGAAGAAAGACCUUUAUGCUGUUCCAUCGUGUUUGAAGAAUGACCAGACAGAGGUAUUCUACCAUCCUAAACAGAUCUCCUUCGGUCCUCGACAUUUUGUUCUUUCUGGUCGCUCAGAAAAUUUCAGUGACUCGGAAAAUUUCAAGUCAGAAGUCGCCCGCAAAUUUGAUGGGCAGUUCAAAUCGUUGGUGGAGAAUCUUAGGAGCAAUCACAUGGAGCGCUUAGAGAAAAUCUAUCGCAUAGAAGUCAUCGGCAGAUUUCCUGAAGAAGAUAGGGAUGUUGGCCUUUCCUGGAUGUUGGCAAGAGACGGUUGCUUCCUUCUAGAAGUCCUCCGAAGUUUUGAAGAUGGAAGAAAUGAGGAAGGCACGGAAAGAAAUCAGGGACAGGAAGGGACAGGAACAAAUCACGGAGAGAAGACCAUGUUGCAGCAUAUUCUUAAGAGGGACAACCACCACCCUUUGUUGAAUGAAAUAGUGAAAGAUAUGUUCAAGUUGGAGAACCAGUUGCCAUUCUGGGUUUUGAAAGAAAUCAGGCUGGCACUGGGGAGGGACGGGGAAGCUAACUGGUUUGAGUCUGCAUUGAAAAACUUAUCUCCUGUCGAGGUAAGGGGGGAAGUUGGCAGACCGACCUACAAGAAUAGAAUUCACAUCCUCCAGAUGCUUGGUGAAUAUAUGAUCGACAAUAUAAAAGACCCAUCUACUUCUACUACAGACCAUACAGAGGAAAAUCAUCAAGGUGAAGCUGACGAUAAAGCACUCCUCAUGGGUGCAUUGAGAGAUGGUCAGAGAAACAAAAAGAAGCUAUUCAAAUAUAUAAUUAAUAUGCUAAAGUUCGUAUCUGUUGUAAUAUUUGUCCUUCUCAUUUCCCCUGUUUUAAUCAUAUGGUUUGUAUUGUUACUCAUCUGGUUAAUGAGGGAAUCCUAUCUAACUAACUUGCGGGAUAGAGCAGAGGAGGAUGGCCGUCACGUUCCCACUAUAAAAGAUUUGCAUAGGAUAGGAGUGAAAUUCAAGGCAUUGAAGGGCGAAGGAAUCAGCCACAUACAUUUCAAUGAGAGCAAGUCAACACUGUACCUACCUAAGUUCACCGUAGACGACAGGUCGGAGGUGUUACUGAGAAACCUUUUGGUGAUGGAGACGCAAUGGGAGGAUAAAGAGUAA